ACAAAAUGGGUGUAGGUGACGAAAGAGGGCAACCUGAAGAAACUAGUACUGUUGACGCAAGACAAAAGGCUAUUGAUGAUUGGCUUCCUGUAACUGCUUCAAGAGAGGCCAAAUGGUGGUAUUCGGCUUUCCACAAUCUUACCGCCAUGGUUGGUGCUGGUGUUCUCACCCUUCCAUAUGCUCUAUCCAAUAUGGGCUGGGGACCCGGAGUUGCCAUUCUUAUUCUAUCAUGGGUGAUUACAUUGUACACUCUAUGGCAAAUGGUCGAGAUGCAUGAAAUGAUUCCUGGAAAGAGAUUUGAUAGGUAUCAUGAAUUGGGACAAGAAGCCUUUGGAGAGAAAUUGGGCCUUUGGAUUGUGGUUCCACAACAAAUUCUUGUUGAAGCUGGCACAUGUAUUGUGUACAUGGUCACCGGUGGUAAAUCACUGAAGAAAAUUCAUGACACUCUUUGUCCUGAUUGCAAAGAUAUCAGAACCUCAUAUUGGAUUAUUAUUUUCGCAUCAGUCAACUUUGUUCUUGCACAAUGCCCUAACUUUAACUCCCUUUCUAUUAUAUCUCUGAGCGCAGCUGCUAUGUCUUUGACAUACUCAACCAUAGCGUGGGCUGCUUCGCUUAAAAAAGGGAUUACCCCAGAAGUGAAUUAUGGAGCAAGAUCAACUAAAACUGCUGAUGUUAUAUUCAACUUCCUUUCUGCAUUGGGAGAUGUAGCAUUUGCUUAUGCAGGUCAUAAUGUGGUUCUAGAAAUUCAAGCAACUAUGCCCUCAACCCAUGAAGUGCCUUCCAAGAAACCUAUGUGGAAAGGAGUUAUUUUGGCAUACAUAGGAGUUGCUUACUGCUAUUUCCCUGUUGCAAUCAUUGGAUACUAUAUGUUUGGUAACUCUGUUGAGGAUAACAUUCUCAUUUCACUAGAAAAGCCUGCUUGGCUCAUUGCUGCUGCUAACUUGUUUGUUGUUAUCCAUGUUAUUGGAGGCUAUCAGGUAUUUGCAAUGCCCGUGUUUGACAUGAUUGAAACUCUCAUGGUUAAGAAAUUAAAUUUUCCACCUACUUUUGCACUCCGAUUUUCAGUUCGCAGUAUAUAUGUUGCAUUGACCAUGUUCAUUGGCAUUUGCAUCCCUUUCUUUGGUUCGCUUCUUGGGUUUCUCGGAGGAUUUGCAUUUGCCCCGACAACUUACUUUUUGCCUUGUAUCAUCUGGCUCAGACUCAAGAAACCCAAAAAAUUUGGCUUGUCUUGGACAAUUAAUAUGAUAUGCAUUUUUAUUGGAGUCUUAUUAAUGAUACUAUCUCCAAUUGGUGCUUUGAGAAAUAUCAUUGUACAAGCCAAGACCUACAAGUUCUUCUCAUAAACUACGAGAACAAAACAUCAAUUUUUCUCGCUCAUUUAAAGUUGAUGGAAGAAACUAAGUACAACUAGAUAAUGCAUGCACAACAUAAGGUUGUACAAUACAAUGUUAUCGCACCUAUAUGUGUUAUAGUGGUGUGAUAACAAUUUUCAUGGUUUAAAAAUAAUUGUCAUGCCCCAUGAGUUUUAUACUGUGUGGGUGCAAUACACAUAGAACAACUACAUAAAUUGUAACAAAGUUCUACAUCAAUAAAA